AUCGCGUCGACUAGUCCAUGCGCCAGAGGUGGUGCCACCAUGCCUGCCUCGGACCCACCAAGCAACAAUGCAGAUGAAGCAGACACACUUCCCCAUAUCCGAGCUGCUAAGAGCACUGGCGCCAUGGCGGACAGAAUGCAAGUCAUCAAGGCUCAACUACACCAACGUCAAAUAGACCACGCCCAAAGAUAUGCCACAAAGCCUGACAAACCGACUUCUCAGUCUCUAGAGCAACUCAUGGAGGCCAAGCUCAUGCAGCUGCGGAAGGAACAAGAACUCCAACUAUCCAUGCACCCCAAGAAGGACUUGCCUCGAGCGCUUCCUGGCUUACCUGCAGCUGAGUUUCAGGCAUUGGCUGACCGAACGUCGGCCUUUGAGCACUACGCCAAUGAGAAGCACCACUGGGAAGAUGCCCAACGCACAGCGAAAGCAAAAGAGGCAGCUGCCGAUGCGAUGGCCGAAACGCUGAAGAACAAAGCCAUGGACUUGAUCAACAACGGUCCCAACUUGUGCUUUGACGACCGGGCGUUGCUGUGGAGGUCCAUCGUGGCCACUCGAACGGAGAGCGAAACCCUUCGCCACGAUGCCGAUGCCACGAUCAGCACGUUGGAGCAAACAAAGCUGGCACACCCAUAUGAGCAUUUCAAUACGCUGGCCCUUCCAGAGGUAAGCGCGACGGAUGGCAGCAUAUCGCCGGCCCAGUGCGACGUGUGGCUCCUUGGUCGACGAGGCAUCAUUGAAACGGCGGAGAAGAACUCGGACACGGUCCUCUUCUACGGCGCAUACUUCGAAGCGUCGGAUGAACAGCUCGACACCCCAAAGAACGACAUGCGGUGGCUUCCUUGCUCGGACCAUGCCGUGGACCCCGCCCCCGUUGUCCUGCACAAACGGGCGACCGUGGAUUCGUGGAUUGUCAGUGGCGCGGGCUUGUCGGAAGUGAACGGCGUGUACGUGUUGUCGGGCAAGUACGACGGGGCGAGCAAGUACACGUCUGUGAUGGGCAUCGAACUCUUUCGCAAGCGCUUCAGCUUCGAGACCAACGAGUUUGGAAACGCAGACGACAUGGCAGUAUCCGGUUCUUCGACUGGUGAAAUCAUGCCACUGCCAGCCAAAUUCCGAGCCCUGUACAACGAACGAGACUUUCGCGUGAUGCAGCAGAUUGGCAGUUGGCUGGCCACGCAAGAAGUCAAAGCCAAGACGAGGGCCGAAGCCAUCAAAGAGUCCCAUCGGAAGGUGGAUCAUGCCAGCAAACACGCCGAUGACAAGGCCAUCACGAUGCAACCUGUGCAUACGGAGGCGUCGCCCAUGGUUCCGUCGCGGCCGCACGUCGUGAGUCGCUUGUGUCGGGCAUGGGUGCUCGGGCACUGCCACGUCACCCCCGUGUGCUCGAAGCGGCACUACUUCAUUUCCCACCACGAACGAGACACGAUGAAAACAUGGCAACUCGCCACUGAGGCCAACCUGGACUUGGCCAUUCUACGAGCCAUCACCGCCCGCGAAUUGACGAUCGAGCGCAUGACGUCCGUGGCGGACAAGGCCAUGGCCAAGUACAUGGCGAAUAUGCACGAGGAAACGGUGAAACAAGUGCAAAAACUGGUGGUGCAAUUAAAUGAGCUGCGCCUCAUCACGGUGCACGUGAUCGAAGCCAUCGAGAAGUGGCGGGAUCAUGUGCAACGUAUUGGUCGAGUCACCACCCUGCACACGUCGGACGAGGACCAAGUCAAGUUUGGGUGGAGUGCCAGCAUCACCAUCACGACUGGAAAGUUGCUAUUCAAGGGAUCCAACGCGUUUCACUCCAAGGUCAAACGAUAUUGUCGUGAUGUCGACGUCGACGGCGAGGCUGAAACGCAAGUGCGGUAUCUGGGCUACUUUCCAACCAAAGUCGAAGCCGAGAGUGCGUAUGACUGUGCAGUGGUGACAGAGGCCAAGCGAUUGCACACUACGGUGGACCACAUGCCGAAAAAGCGAUAUGUGUUUUUGUCGUGUGGGGUGCACUUCGCGAUUGAAAGCGAUGACGCAACUACGGGGCAUCACAUGACCAAGAAGAAAAAGUCGAGUUGCAUCGAAUGCCGAGCAAAAGUGAACUCGAACUCUGAGCCGUGGACCCCAACAUACCUAUGGCACGGCCUCAACUACCUGUUAAAAAUGGGCUCCGACUUGGAUUUUCUCGAACACAUUACGCCGUUGCAAGUGCACGUGGGCACCGAUUUUCCCCUCCUCGGCAACCCAUUUCUGAUUCCCCGAGCCUCUAUCCAAGACCCAGAUCAAUUCAUGACCUUAGCGGUCCCUCAAAGCGCUGUCGACGCUUCGUUGUUGGGCCCAGACAUCGACGUCACCGUGCACGACAACCAGGUCGUGACGUGGACAAACCCCGAGACCCAAGAAACCUACAUUGCAAGCCCCUACCACGUCAUAACUACCGAAGCAUCAUCGCUGUCCCGGACUCGGUACGAGAUCUUGGAUAUGCAUCGGAUCCAGCGAGCGCAAGAUGUGUUUUUGCACGAAGUCCAGCGCACCAACACCACUUCCACCGACCAAGGAGCGGGCAAGACGACCGUGGCUCUACUGCAGACCGACCCUGUCGACGAUGUCGUACGGUUCCGUCGGGUGCAAGCGUUGUACUGGGACCGUUGCGCCGCCUUGCGCAUCGAGCACGUCCGUCCGGCGCGGGCGUUCCGACAGCCCAACGUGUGGUGUCGGUUGGACGCAGGCGAAUGGGCCAACUUUCGAGUGCGUGGAAAGCACCUGCGGCAGCUGCGCUUCCACAAGCAGCUACAUGACACGGGCACAAAAACCCAAUCGAAUCGCCGGACGUUUAUCCUGAAAUUACGCGCGUACAUGCAAUUGGGGUGGGAAGGCGUCGACCGGCAGGACAUGGAGGCGUUCUUACUCGAAGCGGAAUCAUUGCGAGGCGAUGUGGUGAAACUGGAAGCGUCGAAUUUGGUCAAGUUCAUGGCCAAGUUCGAUCGAUUGAAUGACGCGGUGGAGAUGGUUCAGCGGUGGUGGCGACAAGUUGUGGGCAAAUGGAAAUCGAGCGCUCGAACUAGGGCCUUGCGUCAAUUGGCUCGAUUGCGAAUACAAUUUCAAGAGCUGGUCUGUAAGACCGUCCAUCAAUUCGUGCACAGCAUCACCAUUGCAGCAAUCCACACUGCGACUGCGAAGAUUGAGAAACCAGCGUAUUCGACGACACUGAAGCUCGACGGCGAGCAUGUUGUCGUGACGUGGCACGCGCUCCUGCAUGCAUCCCUCCCGACAAACGUAGGUCUGCCGUGCAAAUACUGCCUUCGCCAAGCCUAUCACGCAUCGAUUCAUGUGCGCGGGUUCAAGUUUCAAAAAGAUCAAAUGCUAUGUUGCUGCCGAUCGGAGCAUCCCCCCGAGCGCCUCUUAGUCCGGGCGUACAACCCCGCGACGUGUCAAGUGUAUAGACUCAAGCUGGGCAACGAGCGCGUGCGACAGUUGCUUCGCCCCCGAUCUUCAAUGAGUGUAACCUAUUCUUCGGUAGGGUGUUGCGCCGCGCUUAUGGCCCACACGAUGGCAUUGGGGGUCGAAAAGGAAGCCCAGUACCACGAAACAUUAGCCAAAACCUUGUGGCAAAAGGUAAUGGCGUGGCGCGCCCUGCACACGAACAACUUGCAAGUGAAAAAGCACUCGUGGGUGGCGUUCCAAAAGGCCACCGCACAGGCCAAGCGUGCGGACAUCGCUUAUAAAGAGUCGACAAGUCAAACCAAGGCCGCCAUGGCAUUCUCCGAGCGAGCUCGAACCAGCCUCACGGAGGAGCAGCCGUGGGAUCCACUUGAAAACGCAAACAACUGGACGCUGCUGGUGUCCAAGCGACGAGCCAAUCGCGACGCGGCAGACAAGGCGGCGCUACUGGAAGUGGCGCGCAUGGAAUGGUUCCACGCGGAAAUGAACGAAGCCAGUACCCGCGCAUCCACGGCGCAAGCCAAUAUGCGGUACGAGGCAGCGGCGGCCAUGGCCAAACGGGUUCGGUUGCGAGCAAACGAAUUCCGCGCGAUGGCCAACACGGCGGCGUUGAUGUUGGGGACAGCCCUGCAAACGUUGAGUGCGUUACUAGCGUUGAGGUUUACGUCGUCGUUGCCGAUUCGACGCAAUUUGGUGUUGCUUGACACGGCUCAGUGGCACUUUCACGUGAAACCAACGAAAUUGCACACUGUGGUCAGUCGUCGCGACUUUGACUACAACUUGUUGGUGGCUCGAGCGAAGCACGUGUGCGCCGAGCCGAUUCGCCAGACUUUUCAACCGCGACAACAUUGGAUGGUGGAGGUGCGCGUGUUGGCCGAAACGGCCAGCUUGGACGCCGGCGCGCUCGUGUCCAUGUAUCGCCCUUGUGACAGCCAAGUGGUGGACAUGUGGGUCGAAGCUCGCUUCGUGAUGCUCCUGACAACUCGGCUGCGAUUCCGAGACCCAUUAGCCACACUCAUUCAAGGGCACAUGAAGGUGGCAGCUACGACCACCAUGCACGGCAAUGCUGCGAGUCGCAAGCUGCUCUUGAUGACGGAAUGCGCGCACGCGUUGAUUAGUCUGGUCAAGUUGAACGCGUUUUCGGGUGAGAUUACGCUCGGGCGGGUCGAGUUCUUCCGGGUUCGAGAGACGCUCUGUGUGAAGAUCGUUCAAAGCCAUUGGUGGCAGGACCUACGUCAAGGGCGAAAGCGAGGUCGCGGCGACGAAGUGUACCGUCAAGCUACAAAUGUGAGCGGGCGACUGUGCCACGUUGUCCUAUAUGAAAACUGGGGUGAUCUCACUGUUCAGGUCUAUGAGCCACGCACGAGGCGAUACGCGACGUGCGUUGUCUCGUUGGCUGAGACUGUCCUCGUGCUGAAAGGCGCCCCGUUCAAGCUGCAGCACUGGCUGCUCUGCGUUCGAACCAAUCGCUACAGCGACGCCAUAUUCCAGCCCAUUUUGCAGCACCUUGUGUACCUCCCUGACAACGCGAACGGUCCGACUCUGUCGUUUCAAGUGGCCAAGGCGAAUGCUGGGAAGAUCGUGUUCCGCGGCGUUCGCUUCGUGCGGCAUUGCUACCUGCUCGUGACCAUGCGCGAAGAUUUGUGGCAGCACUUAACCAUCACGGGACUAAGUCCCAACUGCAGUAUUCGUGGCGAAAUCUCACUCGAUCCGAGCGGCCGCCGCGCCAUGUUCGGGGUUCCAACCCAACUGGACGAGUAUGCCUUCCUCCGCGACAUGAUCGCCAUUGAGCCCACACAAGUGUCGACGAGUGUGCCGGUGGCGGGAAAUGUGGUGAGCAACGCAAUCCUUGGAUUCAACGCCUGGAUUGACAAGUCGAGAGUGUGGCGGAAUCCUGCGCAAAAGGUCCCCGACCAACAAAUACGAGCGUGGGCGUGCGAUGUAGACGCCACAAGUCUGCACUCCGAGUAUGCGUCCGAGUGGAGCUUGGUGCUCCGGCGAAAGACGGAAUUCGAACAUGUUGUGGACCCAGUUGCGUUCGAUAAGGCUGUGGUGUACACGAAGGAGGGCAAGGCAGUCCACGCCAAGUUGGAAGUGUUUCCAAGACAAGGCGACGUCUACCUCCGACUGCGCGCCGAGUUGUUUUCCGAGUGGGAGAUUCGACUACAACGCGACCGAUGCCGUGAAAUGGAGUCGGAAGAACGCGAUACCCGCAAUGCAGUGGCGUUUGGUAUGAAGCGACAAAUGCAAGCGACAAUGCAAACGUGGUUGCGCGAGAUACAAGCCACACAGCAACGCCUUCGAGCUAAGGUGGACGUAUUGAAUGCACUGCACACGAGGCAUCUCGAUAAGCAGCGACAAUACCUUGCAAGCCAGCUCAUCCUAUCGAUGGACAUUGAAGAAGUGGAGCUGGACACCCCAAAACAGUAUCGCCUCACCAUCGACCACCACAAUCUGCAGUGGCUUCACAAAUUUCCCUACGCCCCGACGUGCAUUUACUUGGAGCCGAUUACGACACUGCACAAAGUCCCGCCGGAACGCUUACUGGCGAAAACGACCAAAGUCGCCAUGUUCGCGCGCCCGGUCCAAGUGGAGUUUUCCGUUCAACGAACAGACGACGACGAUAUCUGGAAAGUUGUGGCGUACGGACGAGGGGUUGGUGUCGUAGUCACGUAUCACGUGGAUGUAUCGCAUGUGCUUGGGGAACGCACGUUUGGCCUUCGCCACAUCCCUCGAGAAGCGGCAAGGAACCGAGCGCUCACCUGGUUAUGUGGUGCCAGUUCCGAGUUGGCUAUUGCCGAAUCCAUGUGGCCCUCUUGUGUUCAGCUGGGAAACCAGUCACCGUGGCGCACUCUGUGUAAAAUCAUGGCAACGCUGCAUCCGUUGCUGCAGUUCCCCGACCAGUUGCUCGCAUGCACUGGCCUUUCGGGGCACCAGCGCGGGGGGGUUAUUCGGGUUACAGAACUCGACCAUGCUUUGAGUACAAUCCAAGAUGGAAUUCAGGCACAGGUCCGCGACGUCGAGCAGAGCGUCCUCAGUGCCAUGGGGUCAUUCCACACUACAUUCUGUGACCCCUUUGGCAGUACCACCAACCAACUUGCACUUACGAUCAGCCCUGUACGAGUGAUCACUCUGCGGCCAUCAACUCCCCGAUCGGCCUGGCAGUUGCUCAUUCCGCCAGACAUCUCUCAACCCAUUGAAGAAGUGUUUGCUCAUGAGCCUAUUGACCUGGCUGAGCUCGCCACUCUGUUGGGGUCCCCAGACCUCGCACUAGUCGACGCUUUGCACGGUCACAUGGUGGUUCAGUCGCCCCAACCAACCGACACGGAGGCCAACGUACGGGCGUCUGGGCUGACGGCGACCUUUGUUUGCGGCCAAGCAUUGUACCUCUGUCGGUCGUUCCCGUUGGUCGAAAGGCUGCUCCAGUUAAGUCUUAAUGUGGGGGGGCCCAAAAAGCCCCGACCCGGUCCGAAGGGGGCUGUGUGGAGGUCGAUAGCAAGCGACCGAAUGCGCGCGACAAGGGAAGCCAAGCCGUCGCACACGCAUCUUCCUUUGCGAGGCGAAGAGGGCUAUGACGGCGUCAACAAGUCGACAGCUCCGAUGUGGCCCCCUUCAGACCAAGUGCAACCUGCGUUCGUCACGCGCAUUUCAAAAAAGGAAUUGGAAUAUGUUGGAGGUGUCGAGGAUGUGUCGUCGCUGCCGACUCGCGUUGUGGAUCGCUUUUUGCAAGCGCUCGAGUUUUCGACCAUGACGUGGCAUGCGCUGGACACGAAGAGGGUUUUAUCGACCACGAUGGACGUGCCCUUGGUUGACGCCGGUCCAGUGACGUUGGCCGUUUCCAUGUCGGUGAACGACGUCUUGGCACCCACGUCGUUGGUUGUGACUGCCAAAGAUCCAAGUCAACGGUUCGGAACUUCCGAGUUUAGCUGUAUCAUCCCAUGGGAGCCCCUUGACAAGAGACCCACCCACGGACGAGAUUGGACAUCGUUUGCCAGCAACUGCGCGUCAACUCUGAUGCUGCUUCGAUGCAAUGGUCAAGUCCAGUUGUGCUCUCGACUCGUCAUCCCGUCACGUGCAACCCUAGAUCUGUCCCCUACGAGAAACGUCGCCCCGUUUCCAGCUAACGUGCUGCUGUAUGCAGCUCUGAAAACCACCAACGUGCCUGCCAACAUCAUGUCCGAACACAUGGGCGCGGCCCGGCUCAACAAGCACUUGCGGUCGUCAGUCGCUGACCGCAUGCGAAAGCGAUUCUACCGCGUGCGGGUCGCCAAUGGCAAGUCGGCGCUCGAGUGGCCGCACAUGGCGGAAGAGGACGCCUUCAGUGCCGAGUUCCGGGGCGUUCUCACGUUACCGCUGAAACAACUGCACAAGUUGUGCAAGGCAUUUGAUGCAGGCACUCGGGAUACACCGAACGAGGCAGACCAGCGGCGGGCAGUGCUGUCUGCCUUGGGCAGGUCGAGCUUGAGACUUGACGGGGAAGUGGACAUGACCCCGUGGGCAGGCUUUCACGUGUUUGCAGAAUGGUACCGCGUGGCAGACAUCGAACGACGUCGACGGGAGUCACCUCCCACGACAACUGUAGCACCAUAG